CCCCGCGCAGGCCCCGUGGGCUCCGCUCGCGCCCCGCCCCCCGUUCCGGAGGUGGGCUCCCGCGCCGCGCCCCAGGCCUGCAGGCGCGCGGGCCGGUGGGUGGCCCUCCGCUCGCCGUGGUGCCAUGGUGCCGCCGCUGUCACCGCCUCUUUGCACGCUGCCACCGGGCCCCGGACCCCCGCGCUUCGUGUGCUUUUGCGAGGGGGAGGGAGAGGACGGAGGCCCCGGCGCCUUCAACCUCUAUGUGACCGACGCGGCGGAGCUAUGGAGCACCUGCUUCACGGCGGACAGCCUGGCGGCCCUCAAAGCCCGUUUUGGCCUGAGCGCGGCUGAGGAUAUCACUUCCCGGUUCAGGGCAGCCUGCGAGCAGCGAGCUCUGACUUUCGUCCUGCAGGAGGACCGAGCAUCCCUCACCCUUUCAGGGGGGCCCUCAGCACUGGAUUUUGCCCUCUCCAAGCUGCCGGGCCCAGAGGCAGCCUCCAGGUUGCAGGCGCUGACCCUGAGGCUGGCAGACCAAGUGUGCACCUUGACGAGGCAGCUGGCAGCUGCGGAGGUGACAGCUGCCAGCCCCAGAAAGAGCCCUUGUCUGGUGGGGCCUCAGCUCUUCUUACCAGACCCAGAUGCUCAGAGAGGCGGCCCUGGACUCGGGGUCAGGAGGCGGUGUCCAGGAGAGUCCCUCAUCAACCCCGGCUUCAAGAGGUACUCAGCCACUCGGCCACUUGUCCCUCCCUCCAGUGCCGGGGGUGCUGCUGUACCCCCCGCACCCCCCCUGCACAACACCACAGCGUCACUUCCUCUUCUCUCCUAGUAAGAAACCAGCCGGUGGUGUAGACUUUGAGAGCCCUUGAGGGUGCAGCAAAGUGCGAUCCCGCCAGCCAUCUGCCUGUGAAGUGGGGACAGCCUCUGAGAGGCGUCUUGCCGGAGGGUCGGGCACGCCUGCUCCCCACACCCCUUCUCCGUCGAAUAAAUGCUUCCUCGGAGGGAGGAACCGGCCACA